GGGCGAGCUCUAGUUAGCGCCCGCUUCAACCCAGCAGCCCAUGGCGGGAUCUGCCGCCCCGCCGCCCCGUCCCCUCCCGCUCCUCCUGCUGCUGCCCCUCUGCCUGCUGCCCCGCGGCUCGGUGGGGGCGGGGGCCGGGGGCCGGUGCGGCCCCUGCCGCCCCGAGAAGUGCGAGCCCGCGCUUUGCCCCGCGCCCGAGCUGACGGUGCGGGACGAGUGCGGCUGCUGCGAGCGCUGCCUCGGCGCGGAGGGCGAGCGCUGCGGCGGGCGGGGCGCCCACCGAGCCCGCUGCGGGCCCCGGCUGGUGUGCGUGAGCCAGUCCCGCCCCUCCCCGGCGGCGCCGCUGCCCGAGGAGUUGGAGGGCACCGGGCUGUGCGUGUGCAAGGAGGACGGCGCCGUGUGCGGCUCGGACGGGCGGGCCUAUCGCAGCGUGUGCGCCCUGCACCUGCAGAGCUGGAUCGCCCCGCACCAGGGCCGGGAGAGGAUCCGCAAGGUGCACGACGGAGAAUGCAGGUUCGCUCCUGUGAUCGUGAUGCCCCCCAAGAAGAUUCACAAUAUAACUGGGGCCCAAGUCUAUCUGUCCUGUGAAGUGAAGGCGGUACCAACCCCUCUCAUUACUUGGAGGAAGGUUACAGAAUCCCCCAAGGGAGUCAAACUUCUGGAGGAAUUGCCUGGAGACCGAGUUAACAUGGCUGUCCAGGUCCGUGGAGGCCCUUCCAAACAUGAAAGCACAGGCUGGGUUUUGAUAAACCCACUGACCAAGGAAGAUGAAGGUGUUUACCAGUGCCAUGCUACCAACAUGGAGGGGGAAACACAGUCUGAAGGAGCUAUAAAGGUCAUGGAUCAGAGUAAAUACAAAAGAAGUAAUUUAUAGACACAGAUGACAACAAAUAGUGGGGGUGGACCAAUUGGCCUUUCAUCUAAGUGAGCCAAGAAAAUUGAUUAUAGAUGGAGAUGUCAGUAGUGGUUUACUUUGUUUAGUGAUAAGAGCUAGAAAACACAUGUUUUUUAAUGAACUUUUUGUAUGUUUUACA